AUGAAGAGGAGUCGGGCCGAGUCUCUGCCCCAGUCUCAGUCUCAGUCUCUGCCUCAGUCUCUGCCUCAGUCUCUGCCUCAGUCUCUGUCUCUGCUUCAGUCUCUGCCUCAGUCUCUGCCUCAGCCUCAGUCUCAGUCUCUGCUUCAGUCUCUGCCUCAGUCUCAGUCUCUGCUUCAGUCUCUGCCUCAGCCUCAGUCUCAGUCUCUGCUUCAGUCUCUGCCUCAGUCUCAGUCUCUGCUUCAGUCUCUGCCUCAGCCUCAGUCUCAGUCUCUGCUUCAGUCUCUGCCUCAGUCUCAGUCUCUGCUUCAGUCUCUGCCUCAGUCUCAGUCUCUGCCUCAGUCUCUGCCUCAGUCUCUGCCUCAGUCUCUGCCUCUGUCUCUGCCUCAGUCUCUGUCUCUGCUUCAGUCUCUGCCUCAGUCUCAGUCUCUGCUUCAGUCUCUGCCUCAGUCUCUGUCUCAGUCUCAGUCUCUGCCUCAGUCUCAGUCUCUGCCUCAGUCUCUGCCUCAGUCUCUGCUUCAGUCUCUGCCUCAGUCUCAGUCUCUGCUUCAGUCUCUGCCUCAGUCUCUGCCUCAGUCUCUGCCUCAGUCUCUGUCUCUGCUUCAGUCUCUGCCUCAGUCUCUGCCUCUGCCUCAGUCUCUGCCUCAGUCUCAGUCUCUGCUUCAGUCUCUGCCUCAGUCUCUGCCUCAGUCUCUGCCUCAGUCUCUGCCUCAGCCUCAGUCUCAGUCUCUGCCUCAGUCUCUGCCUCAGUCUCUGCCUCAGUCUCUGCCUCAGUCUCUGCCUCAGUCUCUGCCUCAGUCUCAGUCUCAGUCUCUGCCUCAGUCUCUGCCUCAGUCUCUGCCUCAGUCUCUGCCUCAGUCUCUGCCUCAGUCUCUGCCUCAGUCUCAGUCUCUGCCUCAGUCUCAGUCUCUGCCUCAGUCUCAGCCUCAGUCUCUGCCUCAGUCUCAGUCUCUGCCUCAGUCUCUGCCUCAGUCUCUGCCUCAGUCUCUGCCUCAGUCUCUGCCUCAGUCUCAGUCUCUGCCUCCAUCUCUGCCUCAGUCUCUGCCUCAGUCUCUGCCUCAGUCUCUGCCUCAGUCUCUGCCUCAGUCUCAGUCUCUGCCUCAGUCUCUGCCUCAGUCUCAGUCUCUGCCUCAGUCUCUGCCUCAGUCUCAGCCUCAGUCUCAGCCUCAGUCUCUGCCUCAGUCUCUGCCUCAGUCUCAGUCUCUGCCUCAGUCUCAGCCUCAGUCUCUGCCUCAGUCUCUGCCUCAGUCUCUGCCUCAGUCUCUGCCUCAGUCUCUGCCUCAGUCUCUGCCUCAGUCUCUGCCUCAGUCUCUGCCUCAGUCUCUGCCUCAGUCUCAGUCUCAGUCUCUGCCUCAGUCUCAGUCUCAGUCUCAGCCUCAGUCUCAGUCUCAGUCUCUGCCUCAGUCUCUGCCUCAGUCUCUGCCUCAGUCUCUGCCUCAGUCUCUGCCUCAGUCUCAGUCUCUGCCUCAGUCUCUGCCUCAGUCUCAGUCUCUGCCUCAGUCUCUGCCUCAGUCUCUGCCUCAGUCUCUGCCUCAGUCUCUGCCUCAGUCUCUGCCUCAGUCUCUGCCUCAGUCUCUGCCUCAGUCUCUGCCUCAGUCUCUGCCUCAGUCUCAGUCUCAGUCUCUGCCUCAGUCUCUGCCUCAGUCUCUGCCUCAGUCUCUGCCUCAGUCUCAGUCUCUGCCUCAGUCUCAGUCUCAGUCUCUGCCUCAGUCUCAGCCUCAGUCUCUGCCUCAGUCUCUGCCUCAGUCUCAGUCUCUGCCUCAGUCUCUGCCUCAGUCUCUGCCUCAGUCUCAGUCUCUGCCUCAGUCUCUGCCUCAGUCUCUGCCUCAGUCUCUGCCUCAGUCUCUGCCUCAGUCUCAGUCUCUGCCUCAGUCUCUGCCUCAGUCUCUGCCUCAGUCUCUGCCUCAGUCUCUGCCUCAGUCUCAGUCUCUGCCUCAGUCUCUGCCUCAGUCUCAGUCUCUGCCUCAGUCUCUGCCUCAGUCUCUGCCUCAGUCUCUGCCUCAGUCUCUGCCUCAGUCUCUGCCUCAGUCUCUGCCUCAGUCUCAGUCUCUGCCUCAGUCUCUGUCUCUGCUUCAGUCUCUGCCUCAGUCUCUGCCUCAGCCUCAGUCUCUGCCUCAGUCUCUGCCUCAGUCUCUGUCUCUGCUUCAGUCUCUGCCUCAGUCUCAGUCUCAGUCUCUGCUUCAGUCUCUGCCUCAGUCUCAGUCUCUGCCUCAGUCUCUGCCUCAGUCUCUGUCUCUGCUUCAGUCUCUGCCUCAGUCUCUGCCUCAGCCUCAGUCUCUGCCUCAGUCUCUGUCUCUGCUUCAGUCUCUGCCUCAGUCUCAGUCUCUGCUUCAGUCUCUGCCUCAGUCUCAGUCUCUGCCUCAGUCUCUGCCUCAGUCUCUGCCUCAGUCUCAGUCUCUGCUUCAGUCUCUGCCUCAGUCUCUGCCUCAGUCUCUGCCUCAGUCUCUGCCUCAGUCUCUGCCUCAGUCUCUGCCUCAGUCUCAGUCUCUGCCUCAGUCUCUGCCUCAGUCUCUGCCUCAGUCUCUGCUUCAAUGA